AUGGUAAGAUAAAAACUCAAAUUCUCUAACUAUUAAUUAAAGAACGGAAUGCUUGGUUUAAAAUUAGACAACAAAAAGAUAAAACUAGAAAUCGAGAAAAUGAAAAAAUCGUUGAACUUGACUGACAAUCAUAAACUAAUAGAUGAAAAUGAUGAAGCAAUUAAAGAAAAGCAACAAAUAAUACAAACAGAAAACUAAAAACUGCUCAAAGAAUUACAGAGUUCUUUGAGUAAUCUUAAUCUUAAAUUAAAUGAGGAAAUGAAUGAUGUAUUAAGAGAAAUAACAGAUGAAACAUCCCUAAUAAAUGAACUAGCUGGGCAAUUUUUUUAGAGUAUCCCUCAUUUUUAAGAGUCUCGAGCAAUGGGCAAAGGAGUUGGUUAAAAUAAGAAGCAAGCAAAGACAAAUGCAGCUAUUAACGCUCUGAAGUUAAUUUGCCCAGAUAUAUAUGAAUAAUGGAAAGCAAAAUUUAAUGGAGAAAAAUUAUAAAAUGAAGUUUAGCUAUUGUCCAAUGAUGCUAAUCAAAGCAAAAAUUUUAAGCUUAAUCCAGAAAUCAAAAGCAAUGAGAACACCUAAAAUCUCAAUGAUGAUAAGAUGAUAAUAGAUUAAGCUUAAUUUGAAUUACCAUAUGAUAAUAAACUCCUAGCGCAAACUUAAAUUGAUAAUGCUUCAUUGUCAGCAAAUAGUGCAACAAAUAUUUUUGUCGAUGAAGAUGAUGAAGGAGUUUUAGUUUAUGAUUGCAAGCUAGAUGAUCCCUAGUUAAUGACUGGUAAAAAGCACCUUUGCGAAAAAUAUACACCUUUAACAGUUAUCAAGGCUCUUGAAGGCAAACAUAAAAAAUUAAGCUUCUAGGAAGCAGUUGCUGAGUCUAAAGAUUUAAAGAAGAAUGUCAAUGUCUACACAUGCACUUUUUAAUUGAAGGGAUAUGAUAGAGUAGGCACUCAUACAGACUUUAAUAAGAAUAGAGCGAGAUAGAUGGCUGCAUAAAAAUUUUUGAAAGCUUUGUUUCCCACAGAUUUCACUUGGAAAGCAGUAGAAAGGCUUGUAUAGUCGAGUAAGGAACCAUUAAGAUUACUGCUAGAUCUGUGA